UAAUCAAAAUAGCGCCGUAGCGUAGCAACACAAGCAACUCCUAUUUUGUUUCUAUAGUAACGGUUGCUUUCAAACCAUUUUCAAACUGUCUUCCGCAACGUCAGCGCAUGUUUAUCAAAACAAUCCACUUAUUAUACUUACCUACCACUUAAUUAUCGAUGUAACAUGGAAAAUAUAUUCAAUAACUAGUACUAGUUUUGUGAUUAUCUACGGCCUAGACCCCUUCUACAAGGGUUAUCUCGCUCAGAUAAUAAAGAGCCGUCCAGAUGGAGAUCCAGUCGAUCUCGGCGGGCACGCUGCAGUCCACACAGUCCACCAGCUCCAAGUCUGCCAGCUCCCGGUCCAGCCAGGCCCUGGACUCGCAGCCACGGGAUGAGGACUUCACUAAGGAUAAUAGCGCCUCUCCAAUCGACCUGGAGUGCUACAUCCAAGCGGAGCGCAUCUCGAAGAUCCUCGGCGAGGCCAUAUUCAAGACGAAACUCGCACUAUGCAUCCCCCACCUAGUGCAAGACUUCAAGAAUCUUAGCGCGAUCUUGUCUGCUCAGGAUAUGGAGGAACUGAUUUUCAUAUUCGAGCAGUAUGAGAACCCUCGGUUUUCUGGGACUGCUAUCAAUGCAGAAGCUUUGGAGGAUAUUAAAUCUGGUGUUAUGUCACUGAAGCAUCGUCUGAACCCCGAGCUGAGCCACUUGUUGGCGAUCCUGAACAGCUACCCGGACUUCAAACCAAUGGUGGAAGACAUUGUGAAGGAGAUGAAACAGGAAUACGUUAUACAGGAACGAGAGGACAAGCCCCAAUCCCACGGCCUGGAGUACCUGCUGACGCUGGAGCGGUUCCGCGAGCUGAUGCAGCGCCAGACGCGGCUGACGGCGGCGGCCGAGCUGGCCGGCAAGAUGCGCCAGAGGAAGAUAGAGGCCAGCAAUGAUGGCUAUAUUGAUAAGAUACAUGAAUACACAAAACUAUUGCACGAGGAAAACACAAACUUCGAGAAGAGUAUAAAGGACAAGAAGGACAUCAUAGCCAAGCUCGAGGCAGAGCUGAGCUGGCUGGAGAGCGAGGCUUCUAUCAAGUUAAAGAAGAAAAUAUUAGACUCAGACCGUCAGAUGGUGCUGGCCUCCCGUCAACACGCCGUCAAGCACGAGCUGCUGAAGGAUGAAGAGACGGAGGUCCGCACGGCUUACGAGACUCUGCUCAAGACUCAUCUGGCUGAUGAGAAGAACCAGCGACAACGCAGGUUCAAAGUGGAGACGCAGCUGGUGUCGUGGCUGCAGAAGUACGACGCGGAGAUGGGCGACAAGCAGGCCGAGCUGGACGAGUUCACGGACAAGCUGGAGGAGGAGGAGAGGAGGUGCCGGGAGCUGGAGGAGCAACUAGCAGAACAAGACAAGGCCUACCUGCCGCUCAUGGAGGAGCGGGAGGCGGAGUACGAGCAGGAGAUGAUGCAGAAGAUGCACAAGUUCAUGCUGGAGCACGCGGCCCGCGUCGUGCAGACAGCGUGGCGGGAGGUGCUGGCUAAUAGGGCGGAGAAGAAGAAGUUGAGAAAGUUACAGAAGAAAAUAGCUGAAGGGGACACGAAGAAAAGCAAGAAGUUGAAAGAGAAGUUGAAAAAGAAGUGAUAACGCAACCUUUUUAUAAACGUUUUUUUAUUGUACCUAUCGUAUUGUUUCAAAG